GCUCUCUGUGUCUCUAGGCUUACCACUCCACUUUAAUGGACUCAGACACCAAGCUAGUUGGGAACAUGGCACUGUUACCCAUCAGAAGCCAGUUCAAGGGCCCAGCACCUCGAGAAACUAAGGACACAGAUAUUAUAGAUGAAGCCAUCUACUACUUCAAAGCUAAUGUUUUCUUCAAAAAUUAUGAAAUUAAGAACGAGGCUGACAGAACACUGAUCUAUGUAACCCUCUACAUUUCUGAAUGCCUGAAAAAGCUGCAGAAGUGUAACUCCAAAGGCCAAGGAGAGAAGGAAAUGUACACGCUAGGAAUCACUAACUUCCCAAUCCCAGGGGAGCCUGGCUUUCCACUCAACGCCAUUUACGCCAAACCUGCCAACAAGCAGGAGGAAGAGGUGAUGAGGGCCUACCUGCAGCAGCUGAGGCAAGAAACCGGCCUUCGCCUUUGUGACAAAGUAUUUGAUCCUCAGAGUGACAAGCCAAGCAAGUGGUGGAUCUGCUUUGUGAAGAGGCAGUUCAUGAACAAGAGUCUCUCAGGCCCUGGGCAGUGAAGCAAAGGGGUGACAACUUUAAACAUUUCCACAGCAAGAUGUUCAAGUCUUUUGCCUUUGUUUUGGAUACAUUUUGUACCAAGAAGAAUUAAGUGCUUAUGAAGUAAAAAAAGAAAAAAAAAAAAACCCCAAACCUGUCAAUGAGUGAUAAGAGGGAGGGAGAGCAAAAAGAUAA